AUAGUUCCACGAUACGUCGUUACGAUAGGCUUCGAGUCACGGCCGUUCGAAGUGCACGUGAGCCUGAAGUGAACGGGAUCUUGUUUCAUUCAGAAACUACGAAGCCGCGGUUCUGUUAGCCGGGACUCGAAUCUGCACGUAUAUCGUCAGCCAGUGCCACACGGGACACGUGUUCGUCUUUGACGGAUCGAAAUGACGCUGCAGGCUAUUAAAUGGAAUAACGGCAAGCUGGAGAUACUCGAUCAGAUACUGUUGCCGGCGCUCGCCCGGUACAUCCCUGUCAAAGGCGUGGAGGAUGGCUGGAAGGUCAUCAAUAACAUGCAGGUUCGAGGAGCACCGGCUAUAGCUAUCGUUGGGUGUCUGAGUUUGGCUACGGAGAUUGGGAAUGAAGAAUAUAUGGACAAGAAGAGUCUUCGACGGGAUGUCGAGGGCAAAUUGAAUUACUUGGUCUCUGCUCGACCAACUGCUGUUAAUAUGAAAAUAGCAGCAGAUGAAUUAAUUUACUUAGUCAAUAAACUUAGUAAAGAUGAGACUGUUAAUGUGACAGAAAUGAAAGGAAGAUUUAUCGAAACCAUAGAAGCCAUGUUGGAAAAGGAUAUUGCAGAUAACAAAGCCAUUGGAGACUUUGGAGCUGAGGAAAUUCUGAAGAACAUGUCUGGAGACAAUUUUGUUAGGAUUUUGACACAUUGUAAUACUGGCAGCCUUGCAACUGCAGGUUACGGCACAGCUUUAGGCGUAAUUAGAUCCCUUCAUAAGAAAAAUAGUCUUGAACACGUAUAUUGUUCAGAAACAAGGCCAUAUAAUCAAGGAGCACGACUGACUGCAUACGAAUUAGUUUAUGAAAAAAUUCCUGCUACCCUUAUUUGCGAUGAUAUGGUGGCAGCACUGAUGAAAUCAAGAAAUAUCUCUGCGGUUGUUGUUGGUGCAGAUAGGGUUGCUAUGAAUGGUGAUACAGCUAAUAAAAUUGGAACUUAUCAAAUUGCCAUAGUCGCUAAAUAUCACAAUGUUCCUUUCUACGUGGCGGCCCCACGAACCUCUAUAGACUUUAAUAUUCCUCGUGGUGAUCAUAUUGUUAUCGAAGAAAGGCCAGAAAGGGAAAUGACGCAUAUAAAUGACCAACGGAUCGCGGCACCUGGAAUACAAUGCUGGAAUCCUGCUUUUGACGUAACUCCGAGUAGUCUCAUUACCGGAUUUAUUACGGAAUUUGGAGUAUUCAGACCCGAAGACUUGAUAGAAAUAUGUACCUAUUGAUUACAUACGAAAAAGCUUCUGGAUGUAUUAAUAUGAACGAAUUAAUCGGUGAUUUCGAUGUUAACGAAAAAUUGUUGCCACGUCUUGUUUAUUUAAAAACUUGGUGUUACAAUAAAAUUGUUAGCAGGUUACGCUUAUUUAAACACGUUAAGCCUGAUGGA